AUGAAUACAAUUUAUAUACUGAUUUUGAUUGUCAUACCAAACGUCUCGUCAAGCGAUAAGUUUUGCAACAAAUACGCGCAAAACGGUCACAAACUGUCGUACGGCUACCGACACUUGCAUUCGGACAAAAUAAGGGCCAACUAUAUAUUCAUUGAUCACAUGUAUUGGGAGCUGUCAUACGCUGACAACGCCAACGACACUCUGAAAGAAGUACGUCUUGAGGACAACUAUACCUCGGAUGACGAGCACACGAGUAACACGUUUGGCGGCCAGUAUUCAAUGGCGUUUUGCAUUUGGUUCGAUGCCAGCAAACACUGCCGCACCGGACUCUUCAAGUCGAACAGGAAUACCAUUGAUUGGGUUGUUAUACACGAAAAUAUGACUCUUAUGAGCGGUGGUAAUACAACUUCUAUAGAGUUUGUGCCCAACUUUAAGCCCAAACUGGCGUUUCAUUCGCAUUCUGGCGAAACCCUAUAUCCAAUGAUCGUCUUUAUGGCCAAACGAGUUGUAUACACGUGUGAUGUGAGGGAUUCGGACAAUAAGACCACGUGUAUGGAAGGGUGGCCCAACCACGGACACAUCUACGGCGACAUCGAUCCCACAUUAGAGAUGAUGGCUGUACUCAACCAAUACAGUGACAAGGAUUGGGAUAAUAGACCAAAUCAGGGCUCUUCUGGUGCGGCCAACACAUACUUAGGUCACGGCUCUAUUAUACUAUUCAAUUUCGGCCAAACCAUCAAAUAUUGCUAUAAAACUCUCGCUCCGGGUUAUAGCCAACAGUGCAAAGCCGAUAAACUCAAAGUGUUGAUCAAUUGCGAGGCCAGCAGUGAUGUGACACCAUUUCCCUCUACAACAACACCGGUUCCCGUGAAGGCGUCGUUAACGUGGGUUUAUGUCGUCAUUUUGAUUGUCAUUGUUUUUGCCGUUAUAUUGGGUUUACUGGCUUUCCUGAGCCGACACUACGAAAGAACCAGCAAUAUAUCGACAUUACAAGCGACUUCUGGUUUGGCGGCCACCUCUGAAAUGGACGGCACUGAUCACCGAUCGGCCAUUUCCACCGACAAUACAAAGAGCAGACAAUCGACCACUUCUUUGCCCAAAAGGAAAACCUCUCCCAAGAAUGAUAUGUACGAGUUGGGCCAAUUGACGGCAGUUAUGGGUCCGUCGGGUGCGGGACUCACAUCACUGUUGAUGUGUUUCAAUGGUUUGAAUAAUUGGGGGUUAAGUUCGGAGUCGAAGAUCCGGUUGAGUCUUACGGACAAAAUUAGGUCCACUUUUAUUGCACACAACGAAAAAGAUGAUAUGUACGAGGAUAACCAACUGUUCCCAAAAUGGUUGUCCAGCCGGACACUUCUGAACCUACAACGGGGUGUUUAUGCCUGCUGUGCGCUAUCACUGAUUGCUACCGUUGUCGUGAUGACCAUCAAAUUAGUCUCGCUCAGUUCAAUAAGCUAUUAUUACUAUUACAAGUCGUAUGAUACGGACAGAGGUCUAGUCAUAGCGAUUGGUGUGCUCUCAAUAAUGGUACAAAUUUUGGGCGCUUACGGCGCUUACAGGCAAAGCAAUCGCAUGUCCGUCACGUAUGGCGUAAUCUGUUCAGUAUUAUCGGGUCUGACCGUUGUUUACGCCAUACUAUACUAUCUGUUGGCCAUUCUUCUGGUGGCGGCCCUAUUUGUCAGCGGAUCCACGGGUUCGCUGUACGCCAAACACAUCCGACGUCUUAAGAAACAGGCGUUAAAUACAACUUGUUAUGGUCAAGGAAUGCCGGGUCCGCCACCGACAAUGACUUACCCGAUGCCCAACUAUGGUGUGCCGCCCGGCACUGGUGGUCACAUCAACUAUGCCGUGUCAGGCCAGGGACAGCCCGCUUACGGUCACCCCCAACCGCCUAAUUAUAUGAUACCCGGACCACAGGUGGCGCCAAACAGUCAACCAUAUAUGACGAGUGCGUUUCCAAACCCCAAUCCCUAUCAGCCAUCGCCUCAGGACUAUGUGGUGGCGACCCCCACAUCAACCGUGUCCUACGCCGAGCCCACUGCACAGCCGCCGAGUUAUAAUCAAUCGCAACAGCCGUUUGCCACCACUUCAGUACCCAAUGAACUUCAUUUCCAAGAGUUUGGUGCGACCAACCCUUCUGUCCAACACUCACCUGUGUCUCCUGUGCCCGGAGCUAUUGCCCCGCAUAAGUCAAUGCCAGAGUCACCCGCGUGGCAGUCGUAAAAGUAUUAUAUAAUUCAUUUAAUUUGA